GCUGCGCUCGCCGAUAUAUUUUAAAAGGUAUUUCGGACCGUGUUCCCCGAUUAAUGUUGUUUUAUUUACCGGCCUGUCAAAAUAAAGCAAAAAGUGGAAAGUCUAAGUGUGCCUUAACGGAAUUAAUUAAUUAAAAUUAAAACAUUGUGAAGAUAUUGUCGCAGAUGGCGAACUAAACCAAUAGAAUGGAGCAAAUUGUAGUGAAAACUGAAUGUCAGCCCAAUGGGGAAAUCAUAUUAUAUUAUGUUGAAGAUAAUGCUGCAGACGAAUCUAAUGGAGAUCACGUGUUUCAACUAGAAGACAAUGCCGAUUAUGAAAUUUUGGAAGCAAGUGACACUGAUCAGUUCAAUGAUAAUGAUGCCGUGGUCACCGAGAUUUUACCAGACUCAGAUUGGUCUGAUGAAGAAUUACAGAAACUUUUAGUGUUCUAUAUUGACAACAAAGAAGCAUUCCUCAAUGAAGCUUCUAUAACACAGCAUUUAUGGGCAGUUGCCACUAAAACAAUGCUGUCUGGCAAAAGCGCACAAGGUUGUGAAGAUAAACUUCAAGAAUUAAGAAAGUUAUAUUUACAACAAAGACUAGACCAACAAAACGGCUACAAUGUUACUUGGUUUUUGUAUGAUUUAAGCCAUCAAGCAUUUCACGAUGAUAGCCAUGUGAAUUUAUUAAUGAAAGAUUCUGAGCAACCAAGUCAAAUGCUUGCAAAGAUUCCAGUAACAACAACUAAUGACAAUUCAAAAGGUGUCAUUGUUGUCAAAAACGUAAACAAUAGUAGAACAGUUGCCGAUGAUAAAGUUCUGAUUAUGCUAAAGUUAUACCUGAGAUAUAAGAAGAAUGGGAUCUCAGCUAAAGCAAUGUGGGAAUCGAUUGCUAUGGAACUCGGUGAAGAGAGCUCAGAAUAUUGGAAUAAACGUUUUUUGAAUUUCAAACAGCAUUAUUUGAGGAUGCUCGCUAAAAGGGCUGUAGAUGGUCCUGCUAGUGUGAACUGGGUGUAUAUGGAUAUAUUUGAUGAAAUAUUCAAAGAUGAUCCAGUGUUUCAAAAUAGAUAUGUUGAAUCUAAUCAAAAUGAUACAAUUGUUAAUGAUGAACCAACAGUUAUAAAUAAAGACUGGCAUGAUACAGAGUGUACGAUUCUCGCGAAGUACUACUUUGAUUGCUUUGAUGAAUUUCUUGAUACGUCAAUACCAAAUAACUUCCUAUGGACUGAGGUUGGCAGACUUUUAGAUAAGAAUCCAGAAGAUUGCAAGAAAAAGUUUAAUGAACUCAAAGAGGCUCAUUAUGAGAAAUAUUUUACUGGAUCAUAUAUUUUACGUAAUCGCAUACCGUUGGAAAUACUUUAUGAUAAUAUUAUAUCAAAAGAGGUUGAAAUUGAAAUAGCUAAUGCUAAAUCAGUUGCCAUUAAUAUAUGGAACACAGAUGAACUAGAUGAACUAGUUAAAUUCUUCUAUCAAAACUUGGAGUUAUUGAAGGAUUCCGUAUGUUACUUUGUAUGUUGGGCUUGUAUUAGUCGAUCAUUGAAGAAAAGUUUGUCCAGUUGUCGGAAACAAUGGGAGGAAUUAAAAUCACUGUACAAGUCGAUAUUGAAUGAUAAAAUUGAAAAUCCCGAGUUGCAAAUCGAUUGGAGAUACAUUGAAUUGUUUGAUAGAAUAUUUGAUUACGGCAUGAAUACAAAUUUACUUAAUGACUAUGAAAACUUGCAAAAUAAAAUGGAUUCGAAAAUAGGAGUAAAAAAGGUCAAUAUAGAUUUGAAUAAUGAACCAUAUGAGAACGGUACAGAUUAUGAAGAAUAUGAUGAGCGAGGUUUCACAAAACGUACGAAAAGAGGAUUGGGGGACUCUAAAGCGUUCAAAAUACUUGAAUACUACCAAAAAAAUAAAGAUAAAUUCUCAACUACUCUAAAGAAGAAGCAAACGCUUUGGGACGCACUAGGUAAACAAAUUGGCAUGACCGGAGAACAGUGUGCACAUAGAUUUAGGAAUCUGAAACAAGUUUACACAGGAUAUGUGCAACGUGAAAUUAACAUACCCGAAAUGCCCAUACUCUGGCCAUACUAUGCUUUAUGUAAAAAAGUCUUUGGAUAUAGAGCCAUAAAAUCUAAAUUGAAAAACAACAAAGCGGACAAAGAUUUCGAAGAGUGGACCCCUAAGGAAAUAAAACAGGUGAUCGGUUACUUUGGAUUGCAUUUCAAUGAAUUGUCAUACGAUGAUACUGCUACCAAAUGGAAAGAAUUAGCCGAUGAACUGCAGAAGCCUAUGAAAGCUGUGCGUGAUAAAUUUAUUGAAUUGAGGAAGUCAUAUAAAAGAUUGAAGACGGUUAAAGAGCAUAAUCCUGAGUUCAAAGUGUCUUGGAAGUAUUAUAAUAUGUUCAAUGAGAUAUAUGAGAGGGCAGAUGCUGGUGCUGCAAUGGAGGUGGAUGAUGAAGUUUACGAAGUGAGCGAUGACAGAAAUGAAGAUGAUGAAGAUUAUCAAUGCAUAAUUGUCAUACCUGAAGGUGGAGACAUCAGCGAUUUAAGUAACGCCCAAAUCGUCAUCAGAGAAAAUUCCAGCGACAAGAAACAAGAGACAAUUGAAGAAAACACAGCAACUAAACCUGUUACGAUUAAAUGGACAAAGAAAAGCAAGAGACGGCUGUUAAUUCUCUACCACAAUUACAUCAAAACUAGAAAAGGACAAGAGAUAAAACCGAAAGAGAUGUGGACAGAGAUCUCGACGAAAUUGUCAAAAACGCCAUUGUCGUGCAGGAAAAUGUUUGCUAAAUUAAAAGCUAACCAUUUAAAGAUGAAAGAUAUAGACGAAGAUAGUAAAAAGCAAUCACCUUAUUAUACAGUAAUAGAAAGAAUAUUGAAACUGAAGCCUAAAUUCCCUAAAGUGAUUCAGAAGAAACUCAAUGAAAGCAAACCGUCUAAAGAUGUGUUACUACCCUCAAAUAAAGUUGAGAUGGCAUUGCAAUACUACCUUCAACAUAUAGAUGAGUUUUUGAGUCCGAAGUUCGAGAAAAAAUAUCUGUGGACUGAAUUAGCUGAUUUCGUUUGCGAGCCAGUAAAUAAACUAUUCAACAAAAUUAAUUAUUUGAAACAAAACUAUAAUGCUGUGACAGAUGAAGUAGCCGGAGAGAAGACGCAAUUUAGUGACUUGCUAAAGGAAAUCCUGACUAAAGAGAAUGCUGUUAGAGCUGAAAUUGUAGAAGCAGUGAAUCAAGAUGACAACGGAGAAGAAUCAACCUGGUCGGAUAACGAAAUCGAACAGCUAUUAGUUUGGUAUUUAGCCAAUUUGGACAAGUUUAAAAAUCCUAAAUUCGUCCGCAAAUAUCUUUGGCUCGAAGCUUCUUCGUUUUUAAAGAAGAGUCCGUUGAUUUGUUCUAAAAAAAUGACCGAAAUUAGGACACAGUACAAAACAAUGAUCAAAGAGAGUCCCGAUGAUUUGAGUCAAUGGCGUUUCUACGAGUUGUGCCAGAAAAUAUACGGCACUGGGAAGAAAAGUGAAACGACAAACGUGAAUCAAAUUAUAGAAUAAGGUUCUGUGUGAUUGAGUACUAUUCAAAGUAUUUACUAAAUAAGGUUUCUCAUUUUUAUUAGUUUUUUUUUUUUAUAAAUUAUCAUGAAAUUAGGGUAUUAGUUGUACUCAUACCUUAUAUUUAUAUUUUAUCGUUCAUAUGAAAAUAUAUAUAAUAAUUGUUGAUUCAUAAUAUUAAUCUCAUUUUAUUGAAAAAGUAACCUAAUGAAUUGUUAAUCUGUUGCACAGGCGAUGUGUGACGCGAUUACAUUUGCUGUCCUUGUCAUAUCUACAGAGAUAUGAGAGAGAAAGAUUAUUUCGUUUUCUGUGUUUCACAUUUCUAUUGACUAAAGGGAAUGUGCUUGAUUUUUUAUCGCGUUUAUAAAUUUAGAGAUUUAUAUUAAGAGGUCCUAAAAUAAAACCUAAUGCAUAAUUUAUUACAUGAUUCUAUGUCCUAACAAGAUUUUUUUUUGUGAUAUAAGGCAUAGUAUGGCUUCAAAUAUAAUGAGUUACGUUUUUGAUUGAACGAUGAAUUGUAAAUAAGCAAUUUCGAAUUAUGUGAUGUACAUUGUGUGUAAAUUUACUUCCAAAAGUUUAAUUACUUAUAGUAUUUUUAAAUAAACUGUUCAUUG